CACCACCACCACCACCGUCAUCAUCAACGAUAACAAUAACACAUCAACCAUGUCUGCGGGGAUGAUGGCGUUUCAAUGAGCGCGUGGGAGAGGAGGGGGGAGAGGAGGAGAGACGUGCACCGUCAUCAGAAGCAUCUGUCCGCCAGCAGCUCCCUUUGUGUUCAGCGGAGAAUGUGAAUGUCGAAAGAUGACAUGGCAGAGGUAGAUUUGACAUCAAACGGAGCGGAACCCCCCGGUGAGGCCUCCUCGGCGUUCCCCUACGAGGAGUACGAAUGCAAAAUCUGCUACAAUUAUUUCGACCUUGACCGCCGGGCUCCUAAGAUCCUCGAGUGCCUGCACACGUUUUGUGAGGAGUGCCUGAACACGCUGCACCUCCGGGAGGAGCGGCCAUGGCGCAUCAGCUGCCCCGUCUGCCGCCAUCGGACUCCGGUGCCGGAUUAUCGGAUACAAAACCUGCCCAACAACACCAAGGUGACGGAGGAUUUUCCGCUCUACAUCGACUCGGACCCCCUGCCUCAGGACGCUUUACCUCCCUACCCUCCCCCGCUGCACCCAGCCCUCGUCGCCCUCCGCCGGGAGGAGGCGUCGGGGACGUCCAGCGCCAGCCAGGCGACCCCGUCCACCACCGUGUCCACGGCCACGACCCUCUCCCAGGACUCGGUGCGCUACGACAGCUGUCAGAGCUGCAAGAGAGUGGCUCUGACCACCGGCUGCGUGUGCGUGAUCUUCUCCUUCCUGUCCAUGCUGGUGCUGCUGUUCAUGGGCCUGAUCUUUGUGCACAGUCACAGCAUCCCACCCUCGCCGGCCGGACCCAUUUGCUUGUCGGUAGCCAGCAUCCUGGCCAUGUUCUCGGUGGUCGUCACAUGGCUCAUCUGCUGGCUCAAAUACAGGCCGGAUCAUGAGACAGGACGCUCCUCGGCCACCGGUAACUCCCGGAGAAACGCCUGACAGGCUGCUGGCUGCACUGAUGGACAUGAGUGAUCAUGGUCAUGCAGCUCUUGGUCACUGGAUAUUCAUUUCUGUAACGGAUCAGGCAAAUCAAGCGGUUAUUAGAUUUUUGUGUGGGGUCAGAGCUGAAAUACAAGGUGAUUUUCUAUGUUAUGGUCAGGAAGAAGAUGACGAAAGGUAAAAAAAAAAAUGCAAAAUGAUCUUAUAAAAAACUGUUAAAGGGGCCUAAAGAUCUCAAAUUGGUGCUAAUAUAUUCAAAAUGGCAGAUUUCCUGUUGGAGUUAGAGUAUGGGUCCAGGAGGCUUUCUUGCAGAUCUCAUCAAGCCCUCAAAAUUUCAAACGUGUAUCUGAAAGUAGCCUCUUAUGAAGACCCCUUUUUGAACAUUUAAAGUGGGUGCUACUGAGCCAUUUCACAAGGGGCCUCCAGGAAAUCAAAUUAGUCACCAGGCCUGAUGUGCAUGCCAAAUAUAACAUUUGGGCAUGUUAACAUGACCAGAUUUAUGAUCAACCAGGCAACAGGGGCUAACAAAGAUGCAUUUUCAUAUUCUGAGACUGGAUGUUGUCAUCAGCGGGGUUAGGACCCUGGUCGCAGUUUCUCUGAGGCCCAAUUGAGCCAAACUCAAGCAAGCAAAUAUUUAUUGGUAUGUCUGCAUCAGUGGAAUAUGCUACAGGCAUGAUAAAUAAAGCAUGAUCACGUUGUCCGUGUGAUUUCAAAGUAAAACUCCCUUGGUGUGGAGAGAGUCCCCUUGCUUGUGCAGAAUGCUUUUAUUCUGAAGUCGUUCACAGACAGCUGUGUGCUCAAUCAAAUUACCCUCAAGGCUACUUCCUGGGGCCAGGAAUACUUUCUUUGAAGUAAGAAAAAAUCAGAAAUCAAGCAGGCUUUAAGUACAUUAUGUAAAUAAUCAAAUAACAUCAGGAAAAGGAUGAUAUCUCUUCUGCUGUGCUCUCUCUCCCUCUGUCUUCUUCUUUGUCAUUGUGCUUGGAGAUUUGAAUUUGGACUGUGAAUAGACAUUUAUAAUGUAAAUAAGAUUGUUGUCUGGCACGCCUGAUUCCUACAACUGUGAUAUAUUCAACCAGUGCAGAGAUACCUGCUGACAGAGUACGGGCCUAAAGACGUUUUACAUGACAGUUGACACACUAAAAUCCACCUCAAGGCUCCUUAAUUGUAACUAACAUCCCGUCUCAGGAUAUAAAAGACAGAUUUUCUGCUUCUGUCUAUAAAGAAAGUAAUUCAGAACUCUUUAAAGAUUUAUGUUAGGCCUUUUUACACCUUUAAGGGAGAACAGUGAUUAGAGAGUGGGGGAGAUACAUGCAGGAAAGGAGCCAUAGGCUGCACUUGAACCUUGGCCACCUGCAUGCAUGGGCUGCGGCCUAACCACUGGGCCAUCUGCGCCUCAAAUUGAACCAUUUUAGGUCUUUUCUCAUCAGUUUUCGACCAUUACAAAGGAAAGUCGUCUUGUUUUUCCCACCUUAAAAAUAAACUCAACCGGAAGUUGUUCACUUUUUUUUUAAAGAAAUGAAUCCCCAGUGACCCAAGUUGCACAGUCCAAUCAUGUACAUAAUUCUGACACCUAAAUCUCCUGCUCCCUUUACUUUUUUCUAGGAACAAAUCUCGUCCAAAAAUGGCCUUUUAUCAGUAUAGCAAACACCCAAAGGCCUUCAUGUUGUUUGGAGCAAUAGGCCAACAUGAUCCUUGAUAAUCUUUUUCCUUAACUCGUGCACUUGAAUCCACAAUGGGCCCAGUUGACUGGGUUGGUUGAUGUGAUGGUUGAACUGGUCUUAGACUUGGACUUGGUGAGGUUGGUGUGAUGACUGAAUGUGAAGUGCUUAUUUCCAGGGUCUGAUAUCCUCCCCCGCACUACCCUGAUUGAUGAUAUGCAUAUCCCACAAUGCCACUCACUGUAAGAUAACGGUCCAUGACGAUUCACUUAUAUCUCAACGAAGCACUGUCCUAUUGUACAGAUAUUCAGCAAUGUUCACCUCUGAGUUUCCAGGAGAUGGAUUUCAGUUUUUAAGGGGGUGUUUUUGUUUCUAUGAAAAUGUAAUUCUGCUACAAAGAAGUCGUACCAACAAUCUGAUCUGUAAAUACUUCACAGGGAAGUUGUGAGUGGUUCUGGAUUGGUGAAAACUAAUCCUUGUGCUUUAAUGUCCCCCUUAAGGAUGGCACUGCUUCCUUUAUCUUUAUAAAAGCUGCACCUUUUUCAGGAUUUCUGAGGAGAUUCACACAGAGUUGUGCUUUUGAUCCUGUUAUUUUGGCUACUUUAGUGCAUGUGAGGCUCAGACAAGGGGGAAGCUUUCUGUUUUUUUCAUCAGAAGGAAAUGGUGUUUUCUGACCCGUGUGCCUCAUCUUGUCGCUGAAUGAAGCCAAACCUCACCGUAAACAAAAGCAAAUCCAUGCAUGGGCCUCCUGCAGGCACACAGACGGCAUCCAGCCUGAGUGUCGGCAGGGAUUUCCUCUUUCUGUCACAUCAUUCAAACGACGGAAGUUAAAAACAGGGUUUUCCAUCAGCUGGAGCUGCUUCUCCUCCCAUGCUGGCACCUUUUUUUUUAAAUCUAUGACAAACGUAGGUCUUUAGAUGAGGCUUUUAAAGCAGGUCAGAAUAGAUAACAGUGAUUCAAGAGUGUUUAACAGGUCUGAUCAGGGCUAAAAGCUGACAUUAGCUGCUGUUUUGUUGCAAGUUCCCACAUCGUCUUCUUUCAAAGCCACAUAGGAAAGUCUGUGUAUCUGUUUCAACUUAUCAGGGGAUGUAUUUGGUGUCUGUUUCUGCUCUUCAAAGAUUGUCGGGACUCACAUUUACUUUUGAGAACUUUAAGAGCCUCAUGAGUUGCUAAAAAUACCAAGAGGAGUAUAAAAAAGUUUAAAGUCCUGCACUAACAAAAUGCUUAUAUGCCUUUUUACAUGCUCGUAGAUUAAAUGGUGUUGUUUAGAUGGGAUUUCGCUCAAAAAAGUAAUGCAGGUUUGCAUACAAAGAGACAGUGAAGAAACUUUGUUUCUAAAAUCAGCUUGAGGCCACACAGCUUAAUAGAAAACAGCACUUUUCUUGUUACAAAUCUAACUCAGUGUGUUUGCAUGCAGUUUGAAAGUUUGACUUGUUUUAGUGCAACUUCAACUGGACUUUCCAAAUGCAUAUAAGCAUGUGUUAACACCUUAUUUUAGUGGGCCAUAAUUACCUAUUAAUUUUAAAGUAAAAAGUGGUAAUUAUCUAGUAAUUUUCUCAAGAAUAAGGUGGUAGUUACCUUGUAAUAAGUUGGCAUUUUACAAACAAUAACUAUGUUAAUAUUAAAGGAGCAUUACAUUUUAAUAAUGUAUUAAUUAUCAAGCAAUUCUUUGUAAUAUUGUGGCAGUUCUCUGGUAAUUACGUGGUAUUUUACACCUAAUCCUAACCAAGACUCAACUCUAACCCUACCCUAGACCUAAACCCCAAUCCUAACCCUAAAAAUUACUUGAAAAUUACUCAGAAAGGAAUCACUUGAAUUUAGUGAGAAAUUACCUGGGGAUUAUCAAGCAACUUACAUAGAAAAUUAUCAUCUUAUUUCUAAGAAAUAACUUGGUAGAAUACCUCCUAGAGCAGUGGUUCUCAACUGGUCCACCCAUAGGACCCACCACCUACUGUAAUGUGAAGUAGAGACCCAAAUUGCUGAUUUUUAUUAAGUUAAUUCAAUAAAAAAUGCUGAACUUUGGAUGUUGGAGGGAACACACCAAGAGGCCGAACAAAAAGAUUGGCCAACACUUAGGGAGGGCAAGCAUGCAAACAUUUUAUUUCACUGUUUUAGUCAUUUUUUUUGAAAGAUGACAAGACAUUUAUAAUUUAUCAUAAGAAAACUAACUUUCAUGAAAAUAUUUCCAUCCAAGAUAGGAGAAUAAAUAAGUGAAGAUCUCAAGAAACCAAUCAGUAUUUACUUAUUUUCCUGCAAAAUAAAGUUUAUGGAUAGAUGUCUGCCUUCAUAUCAGAAAUAUUCUGCCCCCUUUUUUUCCUGAAACCAGUUCAUGACCCGCUGAAAACAGCACUGUGACCCACUUUUGAGUUCUGACCCACCAGUUGAGAACCACUGCCCUAGAGAAUUGCUAAGAUGUUAUGAGGGUUAGAGGGUUAGGUGAUUAGAGUAAAUACCACCUAAUGACCUGAGAAAUGCCCCAGUAUUAUGAGGAAUUACUUGAUAAUUAAUACUUUAUUACUAAGUGAAUACUUUCAUAAUAUUACCGGGCUAUUGCUUGGUAAAAUACCAACUUGUUACUAUUAUAUUACAAUAUUCUUGAGAAAUUACUACAAUUACCACAAGUAAAGCAAAGACUGGGACAGAGCUGUAAAGUUUGUCCAUGUUUUCACCUUUUGACAUACAGCUAGCUGCUAACUACUGGCUUACUUGUUAGAAGACUGUCUGUGGUAAUUAGCUGAAAUGAGAUAAAUGCAUUCUGCUGUGCAUGUAUACUGAGAUAUCAACAGUAGUCCAUUUAAAUUCCAUAAAAGAGCUGAAACUCUAGCUCAACUUUACGAUGCAUGUAAACACACUGACUGAGUGUUAAUCUGGGAUACAUUCUGUGUGGCUACAAUCUCAAAAUGACAAAAACCAAAAUGUUCAAUGUGUUGAACUUAAGACUGUCAAACUAAGAAAUGUGUGAUGGACCUUGAGGACUUGCACUCGUGGCUCCCUGACCUUCUGUUAAUCUUUCAAAUUGGAGGAUGAUUUGGACACUAAGGUGGUUUAAGCACCUAUUUCUCUUGCACACAUGCAGUGUUCCUACCUCACUGCAGCAGAAAAAAGCAAAAACAUCAUGUUUACCCCUCCCCUGUCUGAUCCUUAUGCUUGCUUCAAUCAUCCUGCUGACCCUUUCUCCCACCCGUAAGAUGAUGCACUUUCACCCUCUUAUUUGACACAAGUAACGGGGUCUACCUUUGACUCAUGUGAGCAUAUUGUAUUUAUUUCAGAGGACCUAGAAGAUGUUAUUGGUUUUA